UCUGGUAUAAAGGGAGACUGCAGCCAGGGGACAGAGCACAGCUGGAUCAGGCUGCAGCAGAGUCCCGAGAGCUUUGUGAAGGAGGAACGCCACACACCCGCCUCCGGCAGCACACAGCCAACCACAGCUGAGCGACAGCCAGCAAGAGCCAAUCACAAGGCACCUUUGAAGCUCCAGGAUGCAGAUGUCUUCAGCCCUCGCCUGCCUCACCCUGGGCCUGGUCCUGAUCUCUGGGAAAGGGUUCGCUCUACCCCUUCAAGAGUCCCACACAGCCCAUCAGGCCACAGACUUCGGGGUAAAGGUGUUUCAGCAUGUGGUCCAGGCCUCCAAAGACCGCAAUGUGGUCUUCUCUCCCUAUGGCGUGUCCUCCGUGUUGGCUAUGCUGCAGCUGACCACAGCAGGGAAAACCCGUCAGCAGAUCCAAGAUGCUAUGGGAUUCAAGAUCAAUGAGAAGGGCACAGCUCACGCCCUCCGCCAACUCGCCAAGGAGCUCAUGGGACCAUGGAAUAAAAAUGAGAUCAGUACUGCGGACGCCAUCUUUGUCCAGCGGGACCUGGAGCUGGUCCAGGGCUUCAUGCCGCACUUCUUCAAGCGCUUCCAGACCACGGUGAAGCAGGUGGACUUCUCAGAGGUGGAGAGAGCCAGAUUCAUCAUCAAUGACUGGGUGGAGAGGCACACCAAAGGUAUGAUCAGUGACUUACUGGCCAAGGGCGCUACAGACGAGCUCACGCGCCUGGUGCUGGUGAAUGCCCUCUACUUCAACGGCCAGUGGAAGACCCCCUUCUUAGAGGCCAGCACCCACCAGCGCCUCUUCCACAAGGCUGAUGGCAGCACUGUCUCUGUGCCCAUGAUGGCUCAGAACAACAAAUUCAACUACACUGAGUUCACCACCCCGGAUGGGCACGAGUAUGACAUCCUGGAACUGCCCUACCAUGGCGAAACCCUCAGCAUGUUCAUCGCCGCACCCUUUAAGAAAGACGUGCCCCUCUCUGCCAUCACCGACAUCUUGGAUGCUGACCUCAUCAGACAAUGGAAGAGCAACAUGACCAGGCUGCCCCGCCUCCUCGUCCUGCCUAAGUUCUCUCUGGAGACGGAAGUGGACCUCAGAGGACCCCUGGAGAAGUUGGGCAUGACUGACAUGUUCAGCCCAACCCAGGCCGACUUCACAAGCCUUUCCGUGCAAGAGCAGCUCUCGGUAGCACAAGCACUACAGAAGGUCAGGAUCGAGGUGAGCGAGCGCGGCACGGUGGCGUCGUCCUCCACAGCCAUUGUAGUCUCAGCCCGCAUGGCCCCUGAGGAGAUGGUUAUAGACCGAUCCUUUCUCUUUGUGGUUCGGCACAAUCCGACAGAGACAAUCCUCUUCAUGGGCCAGUUGAUGGAGCCUUGACAGUGGGAAGGGAAGCCUUCAUUUUGGGAUGAAACUGGAGAUGUUGUAAGCAGAAACGCUGAAGAAAAGAAUUACUUUAAGGACACUUUGGGGAGAAAGAGAAGGCAUGUCUUUCUUACCCCCACACUGGUAAAUCUUUCCAACCAGCCUCCCAGACCUCAGACUCUCAACGGGGAAAGAGUUGGACUCUCACUAGCAAUCCCUGCCCCACAAAGACCAUAGAACUCACAAAACCUGGAUCUGCCCAGCAUUCAGCCUUUGGACCCAGUUCCCACCAAGGCCCCAGCAGGGCGGGGCCACGACACUGUCACUCAGCAAAAUCUUUUGUGUCUGAGAGACACUGUGGGCACCUCUUGCAUUGCCUGCCAUCGCUGUGGAGGGUGGCCACAGGCCAAAGGAAAAAGCACUGUCCUAUCUCAAGGUCCACUGUGGAAAUGACCACCUUGCCCAUCUCCAGGGGGCAGCAGAUAGACAGAUCAAACGGUCGCCCAAUAUUGAGCCUUCUCCCUGCUCCCUCCCCACCCACACCCCCACCCCCCACGCACAGCUUGCUUACGUUAUUUCAGAGUGUAGGUGACUUGUUUACACAAACUUUUUUCAUUUGGGAAGAGUGAAAGAAAGGUCAGACGUGUGUGUGUGCCUGGCUCUUCACCCCCAGUCUCCCAGUGUGGGGGUCCUGGGGAGAUUCCAGGGGUAUGAUUGAAUAUUUAUCUCAUUCUUGUUCUUGUACGUUUGUUGGGGAGAAGAAGCACUAUUAAGGAAAAAAGAAUUUUUAUUUAAAGCACGGCAUAUGCUUUCCCAUUUGGGGUCUGUAUCCCUGCAUGUCGGGAGGGGGGGGGCGCAUCACUCCUCACACCCGCCCCUCCGGGUGGCCUCGCGAUGGGGCUCACAGUGCCGCCUAGUGGCAGCCGAGAGCACCCUUACCCCAUCCCUCCCCCGCAUCCUCCCCCGUGGCUCUUUUCCUUAGGGACCUUGCCAAGGUGAAGCUUGGCAGCCCACGUUAAAGAAGGGGGGAAAAGAUUAGGUGGAAGAGAGGGGGGGAUUUGAGAGAGGGCAAAGUGGUUUCAAAUUUUUCCAAUACAUUCAGAAGCAGAAUGGGAAAAGGGGCUGUGUGACCUAACAGGACAGAACUUUCUCCAAUUACUGGGUGACUCAGAGCUGCACCGGUGACUCACUUCAAUGUGUCAUUUCCGGCUGCUGUGUGUGAGCAGUGGACACGUGGGGGGGGGUGAUGAAAGAGACAGCCAGCUCCUGGUCAACCACCUUAGUUAGAUAAUCUUUUUUGAAAGCUUCCUAGCUGGGGGUAUGAUCAGAAAACCAAUUUACUGAAACACCGCACAAGAAGGAAGCGUGAAUGUAAUUUCAUAGCAGGCCACUCUGCAUCCGUUAUAUCUCCACCGGAAAAAAAAAUAAUCAUUUUGGUGAUUCUGCUUUUCUCUCUCUCCCUCCCUGCCCCCCCCCCCCCCGUUUUUUCUCUUUUCAUUAUGCACUGGACAGCCACACGCCUCGUACCCAUAGGGGCCCCAAAUGUGGGGAUCACAUGGUCUUGAAUUUUGUUGGUUACAUAUGCCUUUUUUGUUGUUUGUCUUCACUUUUGAUAUAUAAAACAGGUAAAUAUGUUUUUUUAAAAAUAAUAAAAAUAGAGACUCUGCAAACAAGA